GACGUGCCCGGCACGCUCCGCGGCGAGGCCAAGGGCGGCGUCAAGAUGGACUGGUCCCCGCCCCCCGUGGCGGACGCCUCGCCGGCGCCGCAGACCCCUAAGGUGGCGCAGUUUCGCCCCUCCAUGGGCAUGUUCACCGCCUCGCCCAGCUUCGCGGAGAUGACCAGGUGCCAGAGCACGUCUCCCAGCAGGAGCCGCGCCCCUCCGCCCCGGGUGGAUUCGACAGCGCGCAGGUCAAAGUCUCUGGCGCCGAGCUCGUCCUUCAACCACGCGGCCCCGCCGCCGGGCUCGCCGAUGCUCGCGCUGGGGGCGGCCAGGUCGCUGACGUUUGGCGCCGCCGACCUCAAGUCCACGCUGACGGGCCUCCUGAGGCCGUCGGCGCUCUCCUUCGGAGUGGGGGGCCUGGAUUCCAUGGCGGGCUCCGUUGCGAUCUCUGCCGGCAUCGGACGCCCUGGCCGCGCCCCUGGCCCGCCGCCCCUGGCGGACAUGGGGGAGUCGGCGCAGCCCCCGCCGCCGCCGCCGCCGCCUCCGCCGGCCAGGUCCCCGGCGGUGGGCAGCCGGUCGUGCGCUCCCGAGGCGCUGCAGUCGCCGACGCGGGGGAUCCGCGGGCCACCGCCCGCGGUGCAGCAGACCAGACCCAGCGCGGCAGCGGGUUGCGCGGACAUCAUGACCACGCCCCAGCGCAGCAAGGCGCAGCCGACGGAGCAGCACUCGUGGGAGGAGGGGCCCGGGCAGCCCGCCGUGCAGGGCUUCGGCUGGUCGCCGCCGGGCCUGGGCUCCGGCCUCUCCUCCGCGCGGGGGCGGCAGCCCUGCCCGCCCCACGCGGUGGCCUCUCCGCCGCAGCACAAGGUGCACCCCGGCGGCAGGGCAGGC